CACGCCGUAUCGCUGAGAGCACCGGAGCUUGCACGCCUCGUCUUGAUGGAAGCCUCGGCGUGUCCCCGGACUGUCAGACGUUAGCAAAAAGAAUCUGCAGAAGCGCACAGGACAUGAUGAAGUUGGUGCUCCUCUUUGUCCUCUCGGCUGCAUCUUGCCCGCUCGCCCUCGCCACCAUCAGUGCAUCAAAUGAGUUUGUAUCCUUGGCGGAGAUGGAGGACACCCUGCUGAAGAAUCUCUUCCAAGGUUACCAGCGUUGGGUGAGACCCAUUCAACACGCCAACGAUACCAUCAGAGUCCGCUUCGGACUCAAGAUCUCCCAGCUGGUCGAUGUGGAUGAGAAGAACCAGCUGAUGACGACUAACGUUUGGCUUUGGCAGCAGUGGCUUGAUUACAAGCUGCGUUGGAAUCCAGAUAAAUAUGGAGGCAUUACUUCCAUUCGAGUUCCAUCUGAAAACAUUUGGCUCCCUGACAUUGUCCUGUACGAAAAUGCUGACGGACGGUUUGAGGGCUCGCUGAUGACCAAAGCCAUUGUCAAGUACAACGGGGUCAUCACUUGGACACCGCCUGCCAGUUACAAGUCGGCCUGCACCAUGGACGUCACCUUUUUCCCUUUUGACCGCCAGAACUGCACCAUGAAGUUCGGCUCUUGGACCUACGACGGCAACAUGGUCGACCUCGUUUUGAUUGACAACCACGUGGACCGGAAGGACUUUUUUGAUAACGGCGAAUGGGAGAUCCUCAACGCCACGGGUGCAAAAGGAAACAGGAAGGAUGGCCUGUAUUCCUACCCCUUCCUCACCUACUCCUUCAUCCUGAAGAGGUUGCCGUUAUUCUACACUCUCUUCCUCAUCAUCCCUUGUCUGGGGUUGUCUUUCUUGACUGUGCUGGUCUUCUACCUUCCGUCCGACGAAGGGGAGAAGCUGUCGCUCUCUACCUCUGUUCUUGUGUCGCUCACUGUCUUCCUCCUCGUCAUCGAGGAGAUCAUCCCUUCGUCUUCCAAAGUCAUCCCGCUUAUCGGCGAGUAUUUGCUCUUUAUCAUGAUCUUUGUGACGCUCUCCAUCAUAGUCACCGUGUUCGUCAUCAACGUACACCACCGCUCGUCGGCCACCUACCACCCCAUGUCGCCGUGGGUUCGCAACCUCUUUCUUCAAAAGCUGCCCAGGUUGCUGUGCAUGCGAGGUCACAUCGACCGGUACCAUUACCCGGAGCUGGCUCCUGAAAGUCCCGAGGUGAAGCCACGAUCUGGCGCUCGGAGAGCAGGCCAAAGGGCGAGCGGAGGACAGAGUGCUUCAGACGGAAAGGAAGAUGAGGCUUGGGCCACCAUGCUAGAGAAGGCCAUCUACUCAGUGCGCUACAUCAGCAGACAUAUUCGCAAGGAACACUUCAUUCGAGAGGUGGUUCAAGACUGGAAGUUUGUGGCCCAGGUGCUAGACAGGAUCUUCCUGUGGGCAUUCCUGACUGUUUCCAUACUUGGCACCGUCUGCAUCUUCACUCCAGCUCUGUACAUGUUCUUCAAAAUCCCACCACCAAUUCCAAGUGAGGAUCCAACUUCGAGCUCACAGCUGUAGCAUAGAUCACUUGAUUUUUGAGCCAAUAACUCAGUAAUCAUUUUAUUACAGGGGAUCUGUUAUACUUGUGAUAAUUCUUACACUUAUCACGCAAAUCUCUUCCACAUAGCUCUCCGUGUCUAAAACAUCUGUUUCUUCAAUAUGUUGUUUUGACAGAUUUGAAUUGUUUUGUCAUAUAUCAACUUACUCAAACCCCUUUUCUUCUUCCAAUAUAUGCGACAAAAAGUAGCAAACCUAGGUCAAAAUAAGUACUGUAUAGACAAAUGUUCACCUUGGCUUGAAAUGUUAAUUUGCACUCAGUGAUCACAAGUAUAUUCUAGCUACCACUGACUAUAGUAAAGUGUUGAGGGUUGAGGGUUGACUAAGUGGUAGGAAAAUGACUUAGUUGUAUUCAUCUAUAGGUCUUCCAAUACAUUGUGUUUUAAUCAAUCCAGCAAAACCUCAACGUGAUGCUGAUGCGUGCAUGAAAUUGGAGCACAUGCAAGAACGGAAAUGCAAGGUUGUCAGUAGAUGACAGUACCUCCUAGUGGUCAGAAAUAUGAAACAACUUUUGAUUCUGAUAGUCCUGAAUAUCCUAAAUUGCCACUAUUUCUAUAGUUGAUAAUCAUCAUCAUCAUCAUCCUCAUCGUAAUAAAAAGAAGAAUGUGACUUGAAAUGUAUUGUUCUUUUUGUUACUAAUAUUUGUUGCAACUGUAAUACUCUUCAGUCAUCCAUUUCACAAAAUUUACAGAAUUCUACCUCUUCUACACAAUAAGAACUGUUUGUAUUUCAGUUUUUCUGUUUGAAAUGCAAUAUCAAAGUGUGUCUCAACCAACAAAGUUCUAUAUGAUGUUCUAUCAUCUCUGGCUCAUAUGAUUUGUUUCUUGUGAUAUUGUUGGGUAGACAGAACGGUCAAAUUAUUACCAUAAACAAAAUGCGUUAAAUUGCUACUUUUUAAUCUUUUAUUUGCAUUAAAAACAUAGGUAC